CUUCUUGGGGUUGGGUUUGGGCACAGCCAGAGCGGGUGUGUGUGCCAGGAGCUCCUCAGCGAGCUGCUCCUGGAAGUGCUGUCCUUACAGCGACCGAACGGCAUCAGCUGCGGCUGGAGUCACUCCGGACAGCAAUACCCCAUGGCACUGAAACAACCAGAGAAGAGCCCACUUUCCUCCCAGAUUCUGGGUCUCAGUGACCUUCCAAGAGCUCCUCAUGAAGUGCCACUGCCUGGGUGCCACAGGAAGAGGAUCAAAGAGACUGAUUCAGCCUAUGUCAGGCUGGCAAAGCAAGGAGGCCGACCUGACCUGCUGAGGCACUACACUCCUGUGGUAAUGAAGUCCCCUCCAGCAGCAUAUGCUGCCCCUGACUGGUUCACACACUGUGCCAGUCCUGCAGGGAUUGAGAAGCCACGGAGCUGUGUUUCCUCUCUACCAGAUUUUAUGGUUCACAGAGAGUUUGUGGCUGGUGACCGUCAUGGUAAGAGUUAUGAGAGAAGAAGAGGGCCUUUUGAGUUUGAUACAAAAAAUGUUUGGCAGCGGGAUGCCGAGGACAAAGAAAAUGCAGAGAAAAAGAAGGUAAAGCUUCCACCUAUAAGCCCUAAAUAUCCAAGCAGAAUGCCAACUGUUUCUACAAAGGAAUUUAGUGGAGAAAAUAAGCUUUCCUUGCCACCCAUGCCUGCUCAGAGAAAAAUUGAAGCAGUAAAUUUUAGCAAAUUAAUAAGUAAUGGUUAUGGGACUGACUGGUUGCAGCAGUGUACUGGAUGGGAAAAAAAGAUUGACGAAACAUCAGAAAAUAGUGAUGACUCUGAAGAUUCAGAACACUCUGAAUCACCACCUGCAAGCAAUGAGUUAAAAGCCACCGUUUCAGGGAUGUAAUAAGUAACUUGAAAGAUUCUUGGGGAAAUUAAAGCUUUGUAUUGCUUAUAUAGCCCACUAUUUACACAUUGGCUAGAUUAUUUUUGUAACUUAACGCAUCCCUGAUUAAAAUGUUUGUGAGAUGGAUGAACCUCCUUGGGCUUGAUUGCAGCAAAUUUUGAAGAACCGACAACAGCUGUCAGUGCUUAGUCCUAGACCUUUUCUUAAUGUAAUAAACAAAGCUAAGCUGAGGUUUUCUCCUGCACAAGACACCUGCUGCUUUGCUGUUCUCAAACAGGAUUACCAUAUUGCUGCUGACUUGACUAGACACAGGCAUGCUAUUGAUGUGCACAAAUCAACAAGUUUCUUUAGUUAAGUACAGCUGUAUUCAUGAAUUAUGCCAUAAAGAAAGGUGAAGGGGAACUGUAUGGUAUGGGAUGAAAUGUAGCUAGAAAGCAUUGAACUGGUAUGGAUACUUGCAGUAAAAAAAGUCAAACCUUCACUGGAAAGAGUGCUUCUUCAUCCCAAAAGCUCAUUUACUUUGAACAGCCACUCAGCUUUCUAGGACAGUUCUAUUGCUGUGCCUGCUGCACAAGAACCAGUUGAUCAGUCAUAGUGUUCAGCCACAUAAUUAAAGAUCUGGUGGCGUUUCCUGGUAUAGUCUCAUUGUAUAGAAGCUGAAUCAUGGAUUAACAGUUCUAUGGACUCAGCUAUCUAUUAUGUUAGCACUUUCAGCUGUUAAAUAAAAAAAUUAUCUAUCCUGAAGUCUUGACUGCAGCAAAAAUAUUGUAUGCUAGAUCACUGUGUUUAUUCGCACCAGCAGAAGUUUGUACUUUGAAAUAGCGAUGUAUAAAUGUUGUACUUUAUUACUUUGAAAAAGUUAAGAUACACUGAUAUUUCAACACUUGCUAUUUUGUCUACUUGAAUUAGGAUAUAAUCUUAUUAAUAAUGAAAUAUUGAUUAUAAAGUCCACUAGAAAGUGGGUGCAAUUUCAUUACUGCGCUUUUUACUAAUAGCAUGAAAAGCAAACUCUUAAUUUUUAGAAUUUCCUCUUCAGAUUACAUUCAGUAGAUUUUACACCUUUGAAUCCAAGUACUGUUAAGUAGAUGUCUUUGAACAGAAUGUUUAAAGUAUUUGGUUUAAUACUGUUCCUUUAGAACUUUGAUGUAAAAAUUGAUUGGAAAUUGGUAAACCAUUGCUAAUCUGAACCCUCAAAAUUUUCAGCAAACUGUAGAAAUUUUGCUGUUGAUGUUGUUAGACCUAGCACCUGAGUCCAUGUUUGCUAUCCAUUAUUUUGAACAAUUCAACUAAAUUGUAUUU